GCCAGCGUGAUGGGCCGCAUGUCCUUCUUCGGUGGAGGGUACUGCAUCUCCAAGUACGGCGUGGAAGCCUUCUCUGACAGCCUCAGGCUGGAGAUGCACAGCUUCGGGGUGAAGGUCUGCGUGAUCGAGCCAGGCUACUUCAAGACAAUGAUCACCAACGUUGAGAACCUGGAGAAGAAUUUUCAUGACAGCUGGGGGAAGCUCCCUGAGGAAAUCAAAGCGAGUUACGGGGAGAAUUAUUUAAGGGAGUAUGUGGCAUUGCUCAAGGUGCUGCAGAAAGCCUACAGCUCCAACCUGUCACUGGUCACCAACUGCAUGGAGCACGCGCUGACCAGCCUCCACCCCCGCACGCGCUACUCCGCUGGCUGGGACGCCAAGCUGCUCUACAUCCCCCUCAGCUACCUGCCCUCAGCGCUCAGCGACGCCCUGUUCACCUUUUUCUACCCCAAAUCUGCUGGGAGAGCCUAAGGUGGGGUUGGAGCUGGCAGCCAGAGUGAGAUCAAUAAGACCUGGUGGGAUCCAAAACUGGCUGCAGCCAAGGCUACACCGAGGUCCCUGAAUCUGUAACUGCAUGUCCGACCCUCUGUCCCCUGCUCACGGAUGGGUUUGUCCUGAAUAAAGACCCUCUGUCCCCUCCUG